CUUGUGCUUGCCAGUCAGGCUCUGGAACCACUGAGCUAAAUCCCCAGCCCUCCCAGGAUAUUUUUGCAAUGUGAACCAUCCCAGUGGGGGCAAGGGCACCAGGUUCAGGUCUAUGUGCUGACCAGUUCCAGGGCAGAGAGCUGCUCUGUGGGUGCUGAGAGCCACUGUGCAGAUAGAGGAGGGGACCCUGUUGCAGGUUGGGUGGCACCCUCUGCUUAGUGGCUCCCACACAGGGCAGCUGCUGUCCGCACUAGAGCGUGAGAGCACCAUUAAGAUGAACUGGGAUUGGUGCCCUCUCCCCACUGUGCUAGGGUGUCCGCGCCCGGGUGUCCCAUGCUCCCGGGUGUCCGCAGGAGCUCGAGGCCCCACUCCCGGGUCCCCUUCAGAUCUUCACUGACACUAGGCCAAGAGGGUAGGACCUGGUGUAGGGACUGGUUGGGGGGCAGGAUCACGGCCCUGGUGAGAACGGAGCCCCCCAGCAGUCCAGGGGUGUUUGCUAGGGACUUGUGCCUCUGCUCUGCCCUGGGUGCGGCUCUCAGGGGUGGAGCCUUCUUUUGCCAAGGAGCCUGGCCUGCCAGGAGCCAUCCAGGGCCGUCGCAUUGUGGCCUUGAGGACAGGAAGGGCUGUGGUGUUUUUAAUUUCUUCAUAUGUGUAAUGAAAAGGUGUGCGCGGGGUCACCCGUGUGUGAUGGUGAGGAGGGCGUGGUGUCCCAUCACCUGUGCAGCAACCAACCAUGCGAACAUGAUCUCGUUUUCUGCAGGAGACAUGGGGGACAAAGGACAGAAAGGCAGUGUAGGUCGUCAUGGAAAAAUUGGUCCAAUUGGUGCUAAAGGUGACAAAGGUGAGAUGGGUGACAUAGGACCUCCUGGCCCUCACGGAGAACCAGGCCUCCCCUGCGAGUGCAGCCAGCUCAGGAAGGCCAUCGGCGAGAUGGACAACCAGGUCACCCAGCUGACCACCGAGUUAAAGUUCAUCAAAAACGCCCUGCCCUCCCCCGCAGCUGUCGCCGGCGUGCGCGAGACGGACAGCAAGAUCUACCUGCUGGUGAAGGAGGAGAAGCGCUACGCCGACGCGCAGCUGUCAUGCCAGGGCCGCGGCGGCACGCUGGGCAUGCCCAAGGACGAGGCGGCCAACGGGCUGAUGGCUGCCUACCUGGCACAGGCCGGCCUGGCGCGCGUCUUCAUCGGCAUCAACGACCUGGAGCGUGAGGGCGCCUUUGUGUACUCAGACCGCUCCCCCAUGCAGACCUUCAGCAAGUGGCGCAGCGGGGAGCCCAACAACGCCUACGACGAGGAGGACUGCGUGGAGAUGGUGGCCUCGGGGGGCUGGAACGACGUGGCCUGCCACAUCACCAUGUACUUCCUGUGCGAGUUCGACAAGGAGAGCGUGUGAGCCGCGCCUCGGCCGCUCUGCAGGGCCCUGUGGCCACCAGGGGAAGCAGCUUUUCAGAAGCGGGAAGCCCGAUCCAUCUGAUGAUUGCCUGCACUGUAGCGAGGGUCAUGGCGGAACUAGCACUCGCAGCUGCUCCUCCGCUUCUGGUCGGGCCGAGAGGUAGCCAGCGUCUCUCACACGCAGCGUGAGCGGCAGUCCUGGGGUCAGGCAGUAGCCCGCCCCUUGCCUCCGCGUGGAAGAGAUCCGCGUGCCUAUGCAUUAUCCCGGAAUCUAGGCUGUGUUCACUAGUGUGCAAGCAGGACCAACUUUGCUUUGCUUCAAGCCCAGGUUUCAAGAGUACAAAAAUAAAUUGUCUAAACUUUGCUCUGGACUGAAG